UAUAUCUUUUUAUAUGUAUAUGUUGCCCUAAAAUAUUAAAUUCGUCUUUACAGAAAUUCAAGUUUAGAAAUAUCCUCGAUGUAAUCUGACAACACAUCAUUUCAAAACCACGGGAAAUUUCCCCAAAAAGCAACACUUGAACAGCUGGCUAACGUAAACAAACUGAAUUUUUAUCCUGGCGGCGUAAGCUAUCAUGCCACUUGACAAAAAAUAUGUCGAGUGACAUAAAUUUGAAAAAAGGAGCUCUUCAGUCUGCCGCGUAUGACACUGUUUUACAGAUAUGCCUGCGUGUGGUGUCCUUUGUUUUAAAUGCAAUGGUGGUACGUUACAUAGGACCUGCUGUUUUGGCAGUAUGUUCUGUGCGGCUUCUGCUCCUCUACUCAACAACUUUGCUGCUUACCCGUGAAGCAUUUAGACGUGCUGCUCUUGCUGCAAAAGAGCAUCAAGUCAACUAUAAGCUUGUAAAUCUGAUCUGGGCAAGUUUAACUACGCUUCUUCCAGUGGGAUGCAUCCUCAGCUAUGUUUGGAGAGACGUGAUGGACCCACCACCUCAGGAGGUGUUAGCAGAGCCAUCGCACUACCCUGCUUGCCUUGUCAUCAUCCUCCUCUCUUGUGCUGUGGAGCUUUUUGCUGAAGUGCCUUUCAUUCUUGCUGAGCUGCAACUGUGGACCAAAACGAGAGUGAUGAUUGAGGGAGCCAUGCAGGUUGUGCGGUCAAUAUGCAUUGCUGGUGUGGUGGUGGUUGUCCCUCACUAUGCUGUGAUUGGCUACUCCAUCUCACACCUGAUUGGCUCGUGUGUCUACUGCUUAUCUUAUUACUUGGUCUUCAUGAAAGCCUUCAGAGACAAGACCCUUGUCAAGACUCUGCCAUUUCAAACCAUUCGUCAGCUGUUGCCGUCACGAGGCCCUGGUGAAAUUUAUCCGCGAGUGGAGCAGGAGACCCUGAAGGUAACACGAGGCUUCCUGCUGCAGUGUUGGCUGAAGGAGCUACUGACGGAGGGCGAGUGGUUCCUGAUGAACCUACUGCCUCUGGUAUCACUGGCGCAGCAGGGUACUUACCAGGUAGUAAGCAAUUUAGGUGCUCUUGGAGCACGCCUCGUAUUGCGGAGCAUCGAGGCAGCUGCUUACAAGUUCUUUGCCCAGACACUGCAUCGCGAGCAACCUCUAGAGCUGCAGGAUAAGAAGAAAGUACGAGAAGCUGCUCAGUUCCUGGAGUUGUUGUUACGUCACUUGUCGCUGAUAUCGCUUGUGGUUCUCUGCUUUGGGUACAGCUACUCCCACACUCUGCUUCAGCUGUACGGUGGUAAUACCCUGAGCUCCGAGGGCACGCCUCUGAUGAGGGCACAGUGUCUCCUGUUGGUCUUCCUCGCCCUCAACGGCGUCACCGAAGCCUACACUUUUGCUGCCAUGAACCACAAGCAACUGCACUGGCACAGCUCGCUGCUGGUGGUGUUCUCUGUGGCGUACCUCGCUGGAGCCGCGGCACUCACACACCUCCUGGGCGUCGUGGGCUUCGUCUGGGCGAACUGCUUCAACAUGGCUCUCAGAAUUGCUCAUGGGUGGUGGUUCAUCGAGCGUCAAUAUAGACCCACGGAGCUAAGACCUUUGCGUGGUCUGAGGCUCUCGGCUUCAUCGGUCACAGCGUGCGCCGCAGCCUUCAUAAUCACGGCCAUAUCUGAGGCUUACGUGUCGAGCAUAAGUGUCGUCCUGCACGUGGCGGUGGGCGGCGUGACGUUCGUACUGGUGCUGUACCUGCUGAGGGAGGAGCUAGAGGACGUCUACACCUCCGCCCUGUCUGCCUGCGACCGCCUGCUUCUACGUGUCGGCGCCCCAGGGUUUGGGGUGGACAGGGGAGAAGGAGCGAACUAUCAGGGAGUUCAUCUGUCCAAUUGUUAUCUCGCCAAGUUACAUUGUGUUUUGUAUGGGAAGAUCCGAAGUGAUCAUAAGAAGAGGUGACGGCACCUUUUGUUCCAGUGAGGUAACGGACUUAAUUUCUCCAGUGAAAGUGACGGCAUUCUUGCCGAAAACGUUAUUUAUUAUAGGAAAUUCGUGGCAUUCCAUGUAAAUUUUUUUGCUGUAUAAUUUUCAUUAAUUUUUAAUAGAGUAAUUAGUGUAAAUUUUUUCUGUCUGUCAUCAUUAUUGCUUUGUUGAAUAGUUUAUUAUGGCAUUUUUAUAUUUUCAUUGGAUCGUUGACAUAUAAAGAGAACAAAUAUAUAAUUUAUCAAG